UAGCUCCUUUACGACGCUAUGUAUAUAAAUAUAUCUGUAUCUAUUCAGUUCGUGAAAUAUCUAACACGCAGUAAAUCACAGAAAGAAGGUUCGAUCGUUAUAAAAUCAAAACUGCAGCUUGGGGAAAAUUGGACGACAUUGCGAAAUUGUUUUCCUCGCCUUCUUCAACAGCACUGGUGAUUAGACUAUAUCGACUAUUUCGAUUUCUAACAACAAUCAUGGCUACUGCUUCUGCGUGUUCUACACAUAACGGAGAGCUUAUUUUCUUUGUGAAUGGGGCACAAGUUGUGGAAUCAAAACCAGAUCCACUAAUGCCACUCGUGGAAUUCUUACGGACAAAAUUACAUUUGACGGGAACCAAGGUGGGGUGUGGUGAAGGAGGGUGCGGGGCCUGCACCGUCAUGAUAUCCAGGUAUAACAUGAACACUGACACGGUAGUUCACUACUCCAUCAACUCGUGCCUGGCGCCACUCGCAGCCAUGCACGGUCUGGCCGUUACUACAGUGGAAGGCGUUGGCAGUACGAAGACUAAAGUACAUCCAGUGCAGGAGCGGAUCGUCAAGGCCCAUGGGACACAGUGCGGCUUCUGUACCCCGGGUAUCGUUAUGUCCAUGUAUACCCUGCUGAGGAACGAACCGCUGCCGAGCCUGGAGCAACUCAGCACUACAUUUGACGGAAAUCUUUGUCGCUGCACAGGAUACAGACCAAUCCUUGACGGUUACAAAACAUUUACGAAGGAAUACUGUGAGAUGGGUGGAAAAUGUAGAAAGAUCAAACGGAGAAAGCCUAGCUAUAGACCCAGUAUCUGUAAUCAGAGUAUUGGUGAUAUAGAAGAUCUGGUGCCAUAUGACCCCGCUGACGAACCAAAGUUUCCACUUGACCUUAAGGUAAACCACGAGAAAUAUCACAAGACAAGUCUGACGUUUCGCACGGAUCAUGUGACAUGGUUUAGACCAACCACUCUGGACGAACUUCUUGAUCUAAAAUCCACUUUUCCACAAGCAAGACUUGUGAAUGGAAACACAGAAAUUGCCAUAGAAAUGCGAUUUAAGAAGAUGAAAUAUGAUGUGAUGAUUGCGACAACUCAUAUACCAGAUCUGAAGACAUUGGAAAGAAAUAAAUCUGGCAUAACCAUAGGAGCAUCAAUAACUCUCUCCAGACUGGAUACAUUCCUUAAACAGGAAUGUGGGCAGAUGGCAGAAGAAGAAACUCGAGUAUAUUCUGCCGUGGUCGACAUGUUGCAGUGGUUUGGUGGAAAACAAGUGCGAAAUGUUGCAGUUGUUGCUGGUAACAUUAUGACUGCGAGUCCUAUUUCCGACCUAAACCCAAUUUUCCUCGCUUCCGGUUCAGUAUUAGACGUAGUAUCAAGAGAACGAGGAAGACGCAAAAUAAGGAUGGACAACACUUUUUUUAAAGGAUAUCGGCGAACUGAGGUUAAACCAGAUGAAAUCCUUCUGUCUGUCACUCUACCAGCAACACACAAGAACGAAUAUUUCUCGGCGUUUAAGCAGGCCAACCGGCGUGACGACGACAUUGCUGUAGCCAAUGCUGCAAUGAAGGUCGUGUUUCACGACGACACCAACAUCAUCAAAGACAUGGCACUGGCAUUUGGUGGGAUGGCGCCAGUCACUGUCAUGGCAACCAACACCACAGAAAAACUCCGUGGCAGUACCUGGGAUAGUGACCUUGUCAGUACAGCGUGCUCGCUCCUCGCUGACGAUCUUCCGCUAACACCAGACGCACCUGGGGGAAUGGUGCAGUUCAGAAAAACGCUUACUCUGAGCUUCUUCUUCAAGUUUUACUUGCGAGUGAAAUCAAAACUGACAAUUACACUGGGUGUGGAGGACAACACAGCGCCGACUGACGAGAGCGCCACACAGCAGUUCGUGGCCAACAGGAAGUGGAAGAGCAGUCAGGUGUACGAAGAGGUCGAAGUCGGACAGCCAAUCACCGAUGCUGUAGGCAGACCUCUCGUGCACAAAACAGCCUAUCAGCAAGCUACAGGGGAGGCGUGCUUUGUGGAUGAUAUUACCCCUGUGGAAGGUGAAUUAUUCCUGUCUCUGGUUUUGAGCAGCAAGACUCACGCCAACAUCAUCAACAUGGACGCCUCGGAGGCGCUGAGCAUCGCAGGUGUUGUGGACUUCAUUAGCGUAAAGGACGUACCCGGUCAGAACGUCCUACAUGGAAUUGAUGAACACAUAUUCGCCACGGACAAAGUGACAUGUCAAGGGCAGGUUGUCGGUGCGAUUGUUGCCACAUCUCACACCCUGGCGAAAAAAGCAGCGCAGAUUGUUAGGAUAGACUACGAAGAACUGGAGAGUGUUGUUACUAUAAAGGACUCCAUUGCAAAAGAGUCGUUUUACAAGUUUUCGCCUGUCCUGCAGCACGGCGACGUGGAGGAGGGGUUCCGCCAAUCAGACCAUGUAAUCUGCGGGGAGGUGAGCACGGGGGCCCAGGAGCACUUCUACAUGGAGACCCAGACAGCGCUGGCCGUCCCAAGGGAGGAGGGCGAGAUGGAGCUGUUUGUGUCCUCACAGAAUCCCACAGAAGUACAGGGAGUUGUGGCUGAGGCACUUAACAUCCAAGCCAACAAGAUUACAGUUCGCGUCAAAAGAUUAGGUGGUGGAUUUGGCGGAAAGGAAACGAGACCCAAACUGAUUGCAUGUCCUACAGCUAUAGCGGCAGCCAAACUUAUGAAACGUGUGAGAUGUACGCUAGAACGAGAAGAAGAUAUGGUUUCUAUGGGAACUAGGCAUCCAUUUCUUGGAAAAUACAAAAUUGGGUUCACGAACCAGGGAAAGGUUAUGUCGUUGGAGUUGGACCUAUACAGUAACUGUGGAAACUCUCUCGAUGUAUCGCCGGGGGUGAUGGAGAGAGCCCUGUGGCAUGCAGACAACUCUUACAGAGUUCCCAAUUUUGUCAUCCGCGGUUACUUGUGUAAGACGAACCGGACAUCAUGCACAGCAUUCCGUGGUUUUGGCGCUCCCCAGGCGAUGUUCGUUGCCGAAACAUGGAUAACGGAUAUCGCCUACUUCCUAAACAUUGUACCAGAACAGGUACGACAGACGAAUCUGUACAAGAACGGCGAUCCGAUGCCCUUCGGCAUGCAGUGUGACAAGGGGAACAUCCAGCACUGCUGGGAGGAGUGUCUCGACACGGCGGACCUCGACACUCGGCGACAACAAGUGAAACAGUUCAACAGAGAAAACCGAUGGAAAAAGAAAGGAAUUUCUGUAACACCUGUAACAUAUGGCAUUGCGUUUGGAUUGUGGGAACUCAAUCAGUCUGGUGCACUAGUCCAUAUAUACAGGGAUGGUUCUGUGUUGAUCGCCCACGGCGGGACUGAAAUGGGUCAGGGACUUCACACCAAGAUGAUACAGGUGGCAAGUCGAGCGCUAAAACUACCCACAACGAAAAUUCACAUCAGCGAAACCAACACGACUACAGUUCCCAACACCUCCCCAUCUGCCGCCAGCUCGUGUUCAGACCUCAACGGCAUGGCUAUAGUGGAGGCCUGUGAGAAGUUGUUGUCGAGACUGGAUCCAGUGAUCCAGGCUAACCCAGAUAAGACUUGGGAGGAAUGGAUUCGCGCUGCUUAUGAAGCACGGAUAUCUUUGUCAGCGACAGGUUUCUACAAAGUGGACAAUCUACACUUCGACUGGAAAACGUCUACUGGUAACCCAUUCAGCUACCUGUGUUUUGGUGCUGCUUGUACUGAGGUGCAGAUAGACUGCCUUACGGGAGACCACGAGAUUUUGCAGACAGACAUCGUAAUGGAUGUUGGUAGAAGUCUGAACCCAGCGCUUGACAUUGGACAGAUCGAGGGAGCAUUCAUGCAGGGCUAUGGUAUGAUGGUUCUUGAGCAUUACAAGGUGUCACCGGAUGGUACUCUGCUGACCAGGGGACCUGGUACAUACAAGCUCCCAAGCUUUGGAAAUAUUCCAACCAGAUUCAAUGUGUCUUUACUCAAAGGCAGCUCAAAUAAACGAGCUGUUUACUCAUCAAAGGCAAUAGGCGAACCCCCUUUGUUUCUGGCCUCCUCUGCAUUCUUUGCAAUUGUGGAUGCAAUAAAAUCAGCACGAGAGGAUGCUGGGUGUUCAGCACCACUCCGACUCAACAGUCCGGCUACAGCGGCAGAUAUCAGGAUGGCGUGUACAGACAGGUUCACUCAGCAGUUUCCAUUGCCGCCUGAAGGGAGUUUCAAGCCCUGGUUUACCGUACUCUAAUUUAUGUUUCUAUUGUGACCAGAAAUGUUGUCAACUGUUCGUGUUUUUGAAGAUCUCAUGCUCCUCAGAAGGGAGGUGUAGUUUUGGUUUACCAUACUAUAAUUUGAGUUUAUUUUAUCACCAGAAGGGACGUGAAACCUUGGAUAACCAAGCCGUUGUUUCAGGUACUUGCCACCAGCGUGAAUAUGAAGCUAUGGUUUACAUAUUGAAAUAUCAGUUUCUAUUGCCAACAAGACAGAAAUUGCACGUGAACCUUGCAAAACAUUGUAAAUGCAGUGAUAUCAUAUUUUAUGUUGUUAAGUAUUUUUAAUUUGUAUUUUUCUUCGCACAUUCACGCACACAGCUAAAUAUAUACAUGCAUAUUACAUGUACAUACUAAGAUACUUGCACAAAUAUGAAUGUAAAAAUAGGAAUUCCAAAUAAAAACAACAGUAAUGAAGUUACUCAUAAUAUGGUAAUUCUAAUGGCAAUAAUUUGCCUUAAUUCAUUGUAAACUAAAGAUAUAUUGAAACUACUAUAGCUGUUUUUUUUUCUCCACCUUUUGUAAAUAACAGAUAUUAAUAAAUCGUUCUAUACACCUUAGAAACCCAUCACAUUAUAGCUGUCUUUUUUAAUUUUUACGUAAACGCAGACGUGAGAAAUAGGAGGAUAGCUGGUCACUACCCACCUAACUGAAGAUUAUGCACCCUCCAGUUACAAGGUGACUUAAUAUAUAUAGUUUGCCUUCCCGCAACUGCUGGUAAUUUCCAACACCUAUGGGAAAGUGUUAUACUGUCAUUGACGUCACUAUAGAUUUAUUGUAGUUUGGACUUUUUUUCUUGUUUUUUUGUUUGCUUUGUACUGAAUUAUUUAAUUAGAAUAGAAGUGUUAUCUUAUUGUAGUAUUAUAUUUGGUAUAUUUGGUAAAAGGGCAGUCUUAUCUUAUUCUAUUUGUGCCCCUGCUGUGUGGUUACACUCUUUUUAAAUGGCUCCUUACCACGGUGCUGAUGAAGUUAUGUGAUGAAUAAUGAUGAAAGUUUUGCUGCAGCUAGUUCUCGCAUCAGUUGUGGAUAUAUUACUGAGGAUUUUUAUAAAUCCAUACCAGAAUGGAGCUGUUUGUAGCUCACAGUAACCAGGUAGCUGUGGAAAAGAUCAAGGUCAUAGACACAUAGAAUGUUUUCUUUCUGAACAAAAAUGGUAUUUUAAACUAAAAAUGGAAGCCACCCCACCUUCAUUAGAUACGGCCCUAUAAAAUAUCUUAGUAAUCUAAUGGACUCAAGUAUGUAGUUAAUCAAGUUAAAUUGGCUCAUUAAACUGGUUUAAUUUUGUGUGUUCACGUGUGUUCUGUGAGACUGCAGUAUUGUGCGUGCUUACCCCCAACACAAACGCGCACACCUGUUUCUCUUUGUAUAUCGUGGUAGCAGAAAGUUGUGUUUUCACUUGUGUUCAAAAUUCUCUCCUACUACAGCCAUUACUGAUGUUUUUAUAGAUAUUGUCGUUAUGAGGAGGGAUUUAGCUCAGACAGCAGAGCGCUUAAUGAUGUAUGUGUGUAAAUGAGAACAUUCUUCUAUACAAUUAUUGUUAUUGUUAAUUUAACGUUAUAAUGCUGUCGUGGAGUUUUCCGGUCUUUUUUUUUGUAAAUAAACACUGAACAGUAAUUCCAGUGUGUGCUGGACACCACGAACCCAUGUAGUAAUCAGACUAGAUUCCCUGGGCACGACACGUUGAUUAAAACUUUUAUUGAAUAUACGCAACUCAUGGUGAAGAAAAUGUUAUAGUCGCAUAUCUGAGCUUAUGUGUCCGGAAUAAUAAUUAUUAUGUAAGUCUGUAAUAAAUAUCAUCCAUCCAAUUUAUAUAGCAAGCUAUUAUUGUUUAUUAAUUUAGAAAAUGUCUUAAAAGAAUACUUUUGAGUAAUAUAAACAAUAAUGAGAAUAAUAGAAGUAAAUACAUAUUAAAUAAUAAGAAACG